CUCUAAAGAGAGGAAUCACCAAACUGAAUGGCGGGGAUUUUGCGCUUAGUAGUUCAGAGACCCCCAGGCAGUCUACAGACCGUGUCAAAAGGUACGGAGUCUCUCAUAUGUACAGACUGGAUUCGUCACAAAUUUACCCGGUCAAGAAUUCCUGAUAAAGUGUUUCAACCUUCAGCUGCAGAUCAUGAAAAAUACGGUGGCGAUCCACAAAACCCUCAUAAACUGCAUAUUGUUACAAGGAUUAAAAGUACAAAAAGACGUCCAUAUUGGGAAAAAGAUGUAAUAAAGAUGCUUGGAUUACAAAAAGCACAUACUCCUCAAGUUCACAAAAAUAUCCCGUCAGUGAAUGCAAAACUGAAAGUGGUUAAACAUUUGAUAAGAAUCCAGCCACUGAAGCUGCCACAAGGACUUCCAACAGAGGAGAGCAUAUCUAACACGUGCCUCAAGAGCACUGGGGAGUUAGUGGUGCAGUGGAACCUCAAACCUGUGGAGCAGGAAGGAAUUCAGUCCUAAUGCCAGAGCAGGUUCAGAGUGGAAAAAAUGUCAAUAAUUUUUAUUGGAAGAUGGUAAAAAAGUGUUUUCAUUAAAACGUAUUUUAAAUGCCAUU